AUGUCAUCUACCGCAGCGAGCGAACCGGCCCACACGACCUUUGCCAAGGAGAACUUCUCCAAAUCCGGCGCCUCAGGUCUCUACGACCGCGCCCGCCCUUCCUACCCACCCGCCGCAAUUUCAGACAUCCUCUCGACCCUGCCGACUCCCUCUUCGCCGUCGGACCGCGCAACCAUCGUCGAACUAGGCGCCGGAACAGGACUCUUCACUCGCGCCUUGCUCUCGCACCCUGACACCCCGGCGAAAGUGAAGAAGGUUGUGUGUGUCGAGCCGAGUGAGGGGAUGAGAGAGGGCUUCGAGAAGGCGACGCUUGGCGGGGCGUUUGAGUGGGCUGGGAAGGGCGAGAAGGUGGACGAGGGAGGAGUGGAGGUCGAGUGUGUGGACGGGACGUUUGAGGAUGUGCCGGUUGAGAGCGGAGCGGCGGAUAUGGUCGUCUGCGCGCAGGCCUUCCACUGGACCGGCUCGAACCCGCUCCCCGCCGUGCGCUCCAUCGCACGCAUCCUCCGCCCCUCCGCCCCCUGGUGCUUGAUCUGGAACCUCGAAGACCGCUCCGUCCCCUGGAUCGCUCAACUGCGCGACGCGUACGAGCAAUUCGAAGCGGGGAGUCCUCAAUAUCGUCUGGGCCUCUGGAAAUCGAUGUGGGACGAGCCUUCGUACUGGGAGAUGUUUGGCGAGAUGACCAAGAGGGAGUACAAGUGGAUGAAGGAGGUCACGGAGCAGGGGGCCAUCGAUAGGGUGUUCAGCAAGAGCUACAUCACCGCCUUGUCGGACGACGAGCGCGCCAAGUUUGAGACGAAGCUGCGCGAGAUCCUGAAGCGCGGCGAGGGCAAGAAGUGGGUCGACGAGAAGGCCGGCACCUUCGAGUACGACUACACGACCGAUCUCUUCAUCGCGCGGAGGAAGUAG